GUUACCGUCCGUGAAGUGCAGGAUGUUUUUAUCACAUGUCUGACCCGGUGUGGUUUUAUUUUCUUAUCAUGUGAACCAUCAUGCAUCAGGACAUGACCACCCCCCUGUUGUCCCCUCCUGCCCCCUCCUCAGACCUCCUCCUCCCCGAAGGCCUCCAGGGCCCAGUGGUAGGUAUCCUGGGAACCGGAGACCUGUGUCGCUCGCUGUGCGUUCGUCUGGUGGCGUCCGGGUUCAGGGUCGUGGUGGGCAGCCGUGACCCGAGCCGAGUCCGCCGUGGUGCGUUUCCUGAUGGGGUGGAGGUGAAGUCACAGACAGAGGCCGUGGAUGGAGCAGAACGCCUGGUGUUUGCUGCUGUUUUCCCAGAACACUACGGGUCUCUGGUGGGUCUGAGGGACCGUCUGGUGGGGAAGGUCCUGGUGGAUGUGAGUAACGCAUCCGGGCUGAACAGGAAGGGGCCGUCCAAUGCUGAGCAACUCGCUAAGAUGUUCCCUCAGACUCCGGUGGUGAAGGGCUUCAACGUCCUGUCGGCGUGGGCGCUGCAGAACGGGCCGCACGACGGGAACCGUCAGGUUCUGAUCUGCAGCGACUGCUCCGACUCUAAAUCCCUAGUGGUCCAGCUGACCCGUCGCCUCGGCUUCACCCCGGUGGAUGUGGGGGGUCUGGGCUCUUCCGGGUCCGUUGAGGAGGCCCCCCUCCUCCUCUUCCCAUCCUGGGGGGGUCCCAUCCUGACCUCCUUCCUUCUCUUCCUCUUCUUCUAUGGUUACAGCUGUACAAGGCGCAUUCUGCUGCCGUAUCUGGAUCAUGGACAGAAUAACUUGUACCAGCUCCCUCUGGUCACUGUCAACGAGACGCUACCUGCUGUUGCCAUGGUUACGCUGGCUCUGGUCUACCUGCCAGGUGUGGUGGCGUCCGUUCUCCAGCUCAGCAGAGGAACCAAAUACCAGCCUUUCCCUGAUUGGCUGGACCGCUGGAUGUGCAGCAGGAAGCAGCUGGGUCUGCUCAGCUUCCUCUGUUCUGUCCUCCAUGCCGUCUACAGCCUGUGUCUGAGUCUACGCAGGGCGGCGGGUUAUACCCUUACCAAUGCAGCCUUUCACCAGGUGAAGGCUGGCGUUGAGAACUCAUGGGUGGAGGAGCAGGUCUGGAGGUCUGACCUGUACCUGUCCAGUGGGACUCUGGGACUUGGAGUCCUGGCUCUGCUGGCUCUGACGUCUCUGCCCUCGGUGGGAAACGCUCUGAACUGGAGGGAGUUUACGUUUGUUCAGUCAGGACUCGGUUACGUGGCGUUGACCCUGUCCAUCGUCCACGUCCUGUUCUUCGGCUGGGACUCCGCCUUCAAACCGUCAUCCUACCAGUUCUACCUCCCUCCAGUGUUCGUCCUGUCCCUCAUCCUGCCCUGUUGUGUCCUCGUGUCCCGCCUCCUCCUGGCCCUGCCCUGUCUGGCGUUCAGACUGCGUAAGAUCCGUCGAGGCUGGGAAAGCGGACGGAGGACGUGUCCAUCGGGAGACGAUGGAGGAGACGUUUAAUGUGAGACAGGAUGAAGGACAUGAAUGCAGUCUCCAGCAGGUCCAGAACAAGGACCUGAAGAACCUGAGGAACCUGGUUUCUGUCUAAAACAGGCCAGGACAGAUGUGUCUGUACUCAGAGGAGUCGAGUACAGGUGGGUUAGUUUUUACCUCAUACAAACACUGUUAAAGCAGAUGUUUGGACAAUGAUUCAUCACCAUCAGGACAAGACCUGACACUGAAACAAACCUUGAACCACAGCUUUAACGUGAGGAAAAAUCUUCAAAACAUCCUCUUUUUCUACAUAAAUCAAGAUCAGAUGUUCAUGCACGUCCUAAAACUUCAUGAAGUUUUAGAAAGACGAGGUAAAAACAUCAAAGUCAAUCUGUCACAUGGAACAAUGAAUGUAAAACUAAAGAUCAGAGUCACUUUAUUCACAGAAUCAGGAUGUUUUUCUAUCAGAUGGUUUAUUCCAAACCACCUGAAACUGGUCAGUCAUCAUCAGGUUGGAUUCACAUUCCAGUCUUUGUAUAAAUGGAAAUGAUCAACAAAUGCAUCGGAUGUAGAAAGGACUCAACGUGUGGUGAAUCUUCAUCUUUUUAUAGACAUUAACUGGCACACGUUUGGAAAAAAUACAGAAUUUUCCAGUUUUUAUCAUUUUGUCAAAUUGUGACUUAUGUAAUUUAUAGAAAUAAAUAUAAUAAAGUAAUUCUGAGGAAAAAGAGACAUGUUUAGGUGUCAUAACAAGUUGGAAUUUUUAUCUGUUUUUUCAAAUAAAACAACUUUUUUUUGCACAAAAACAUUGGACAAACAAUGGGGAUGAAAUGUAUAAAACUGUGACAAAUGUUAAAACAGGAGUGAUAUUAUUCUGAAACAUUUUCUUGUUUCUGUUACUUCCUGGAAAUGUUUCAAUAGAAUUGUGGGAAAUCACAGACUGACAUGAGGAAGACGAUGAGUGCAGGGAAAUAGGGGGGAAAAAAUGUGAUUGAGGCAGUUUAACAUCAUCUGUAACAGAGUCAAACAAUAUCUUUUUUCUCUUCUUUGUAUUCAUGUAUGAAGUGAUUGACGUACAACAAGA